CAACAAAAGAUAUUUCAGUAGCUGAGUAAUUUUUACCAUUACGAGUGGAAGUAAUACAAAUCGAUCGAAUGGAGAAGCGUGCUACAUCUACCAUGCAGGUUCUCUAUGCAGAACUGGCAGCCGCAAAGUCCAGAAGUGCUGAGCUGGAGGAGGAGAACAUUUUGCUGCGCCAUCGAUUAAAUCGCGCGUCUGCCAGCCACAGCACCAAUGCGGCAAUAAAUGUGGAGGCCAAGAUCAUGGCCUUCCAGUUGGAGGAGGAACGAGAUCGUCUGGUGGAAACACUGCAGAAGCACAAGAAGAAGUACAACAAGCUGCACGAUGCUUAUCUGGAGAAGGUGAAACGUUGUCGUGCUUUGGAGGAGAUGUUUAAACGGCAGAAGACGCUUACAGGCUUAGUGAUGAAGUCCUCUUUGGAUCAAAGAAAUGCAGAACAACGAAUGGCGUUGGAGAAAAGACAGUCGGCCCAAAGCGAUGUCAAUGAAUUGAACGAACUGAAGGCCAAAGUAGAAAAACUUCAAAGAGCCCUUGAUGAGUCAUACGACAUUAUUGACGAAAUGGAUUUUGAACUUGAGAGCGUGGAAUUACUGGAAAUGCAAAACCAAACCCUACGGGACGAACUAGCCGCUUUUAAGGCAAACUCAGAAGCAGGAGCGACCAGUCUUCCAGCUUCACUACCCAACGAUGACGACCCACCGCCCAAAUAUGAGGAAGACUAUCCCGGGCAGCAUCAUAAAGCUAUGCAGGCCCGGCGCUGCUCCUCUAGCAGUGAAUCAGAUCCCAAGGAUGAUGAUGCCGAUGCAGAAACCAUUGAAAGAGCGGCUUUAACACAUAGUCUCAUACAAACUGUGGAAACGGAGAGCAAUGCCCUAAGACGGGAAUUGUUGAGGUCCCGCUGCCAGAGAACAAUACGAGCCAAGUUGGAGAAAGAAAGCGAGGCUGCUGAUUAGGAUAAGUGGCGGGAUUAACCUUAUUUAAUAGCUCCUAGCCAAAAAUAAACCACCAACCAAUAGAUCAUAA